CAUCGAUGAUUCGUCGACGAUUUGUUACCCGAUGAUUUUAUAAUUAUUUAUCUAUUUAUUUUACUUUAAAUUUAGGCAUAAGAAUAUAAUUUACAUGGGGAAACGUUAUGAAUUUUACACACACGGGUUAAAAUAAACUAAAAAAGUGAAGUAUAAAAUUUUAGUCACUAAAAUAAAAUGGAUAAUUUACCAUCGGACAGUGAUGUGCCAAUGAAAUGGUGGAAGAAAAGACCAAUUUUAAUGAAACACAAAUCAAGACUCAAACUAAAGCAUAAACCAUUUUCUAAGUUAUCCAUUAUAGAAGGAUUAAUUUCGAGGAAAAGGGAAAAAACGAUUUGCACUUAUGAAUUAACUAAGAAAAACAAAAUAAGGAGCGUAAAUCAUCCAACUUUGAAUGUAAAACGGCAAUAUCCAUCACACUGCCGCGUUACUUAUAGUUUUCAAAGCAAUCCAAAGCAUUUUGGAAAACGAUUAAACGAUAAACGCAAGCUGCAUGAUAUCAUAGAAUCUUCUUCAGAUAGUUUAAUAGAAAGAAGAAGAAACGUUAAGACAAGACAGGUUAAACAUGUGAAAAGUAAAUCACGGCGGGAGACUAAGUUAACUCUGUUGGAAAGUAAGAGCAAAGAAUGGCAGAAAAAAGUAAAAAGCACCAGACGAGAUCCGAAAAUUCAGUUUCAACAAUCUUCGAGUAAAGAAGAAAAGCAUUGUACUAGAAGCAAAGCUUGCGGAUCAAAAAAGAAACAAACAUAUCACCCUAAGUUUCAAAGCCAAGGCAGUCAACAAAAGAUCGUAUUUCAAUGUCCCAGCAAAGCAAGAUUUCCUAAGUUUAUGUCUAAACAUUUGUUUAAUAAAUCUUCUUCGAGAUCAACACAACCACAAAUAACAAAUGGCAAAACUUUAAAAACACAUAGGAAACCAAAAGUGGAAUUAAUUAAAAGCAAAGAUAAAAUUAAUAAUAAACAUAAUAUAGAUACAACUACUACUGAUGGCAAAAAUAAAUCAAUUGGUACUGUUAGUCAAUGCUAUGUAUUUACACUUGAAACGAAAAGAGAUAAAAAAUCAGCAAAUAAAAAGAAACCUUCUAAACUUUUGUUAGGUAAUGCAAGUUCAUAUGUUAUCAACAGAUAUAGUCGCAAACGAUCUUUCAAGCGAGUGAAAAAUGAUUCAUUUAGCAACCAUAACUCAUUCCGCGUUGUUAAUCAAUGGAAAAAAAUACAAAACAAACCAAACACUAACAAAGAAUAUUCUGAAUCUUGUUGGAGUACAGAAGAGUCAAUAAAUCUUCAUAAAAAUGAGAUUCUUCCGACAAGGUUAGUCAAUAUUCAGCCAACGACUGUCAUGAAAGUAAAUAUAGAGAAAACACACCCAGAAAAUGUUGACUGUGUUUGUUGCACAUGUCCAUCAAGGCACUAUCCACCUCCUAAAGAUGAAGGUGAUGGAACCGCCGUCGACGAAGGAACGACAAUGGCAGGUGACAAUCUGUAUAAAGAACGAAAAUCAGCAUGUGUCGAUACUAAAAAGAGACAUAAAAAGGGAGUUUCAGAAACAUCAGCUGCAACUACAGAUAAACCAACUGAAACGCGAUCAACAGGCGCUGGACCAGCACCUCCAAAAGUCAUGAAAUCUGCUUUUCAUUUGAAAAAAUACAAACGGGAUGAGUUGAGGAAGAAGAAAAUUAAAUUUGAAAAGACACCACCUACUUUAAAAGAAAUAAAAAAUAUGACAGAACAACAAAUUAAAAUUAAAUUUAAGGCACCCUACAUAGAGCGUGAUGAAGCACCAGAAGCCGAUGCCGAAGAGUUUCGACGCUCAGUCAGAGAUAAGAAAAAGCUAAGUGAAUUGUACCCCUGGCUAGAAGAUCCCUCAGUAGAGGGAACAGAGGCAUGCAAACAUGUAUGCUGUAGAUGUCCUGAUCCGUAUAAAGCUAUGACGAAAAUGGGAGCUUACCCGGAAGAAGGUGUUCCAUUUGGGGGAGGAUGGGGAUCUUAUCAUUUUGGAGCUCAGGGACCGCCAGGAGAGACAGGAGCGCCAGGAGCGCCAGGAGCGCCGGGAGAGCCUGGAGCUGGAGCACCACCAAUGGCAGCUCAAGAACUCCAAACAAAAGGAGCAUAUGCACCAGGCGGUAUGUAUGGACCACCAUUAUCAUAUGGAGCCAAAGGAAAGUUCCCACCGGCGGGAGAUUGGCAAACGCAAAUGGGAGCAAAAGCACUGCCGGCGGGUUGGCCUCCACCGGGCUGGGUGCCGCCAGGGUGGGUCCCGCCUCCAGGACAAACCCCACCGCCGUGGAGAGCCCCCCCGGGAUGGAAACCUCCGAUGGGGUGGACACCACCACCUGGAUCUAGGCCACCUGAGGGAUGGGAAAAACCCAAAGAUUGGCCUCCAAUAGACGGAUCAAUACCAAAGCCUCCAACGAUUGGACGAAUACCACCAGAUGGUUGGGUCCCACCCGGAUGGAAACCUCCACCUGACCAGAAAGUUGUGAAAUGGGAUCCACCUGAGAAUUGGGUACCUCCUCCUGGUUGGACACCGCCUCCAGGAUCAACACCACCGAAGGAAUUCAUGCCUCCAGAAGGGUGGGUUCCUCCUGGGUGGAAGCCACCACCUGGAAUAAAAGAGCCUAUAGAAUGGACGCCACCUCCUAAUUGGAUACCACCGCCUGGUUGGACGCCGCCAAAGGGUGCUAUACCACCCCCGGGAUACAUACCACCAGCGGGAAGUAAGCCACCUCCGGAGUUCUAUCCCCCCGAGGGCUGGGUGCCUCCUGGUUGGAAACCUUCACCGGCAUACAAUCCUCCCCCGAAAUGGCUGCCACCACCAAUGUGGCUACCACCACCAGACUGGAAGCCACCACCUGGAAGCCUCCCACCAAAGAGUUGGAUGCCACCAAAGCGUUGGCUACCACCUGGUUGGACACCAAGGCCGGGCAUGAAAGUGGCAAAAUGGAAUCCUCCACCACUAUGGUUUCCACCAAAUCGAUGGAAACCCCCAGCAGGAGCGAAACCUCCGCCGGUCACUGUAAUACCUCCACUAUGGGAGCCACCAGAGAAAUACCAACCACCAGUAGAUUACUUGCAACCUGCUCCCAAAGGGUUUUACUACGAUGACAACGAUAAGCUGAAGAAAACUGCCAAGUUUGAUAGGCAAGUGAAGAAACAGGCAAAGAUUGAAAAAAAAGAAGAAAGGGAAAGAAUAAUGAAAUUAAAAGAGCAAGGCCACGACUAUGUUCUCACGUUAGACGCAGGUACUGGCAAAUUUGUUUUAGAACAAAAAAUACCUGAUCCACCGCCAGUUUGUACUCACGAAAAGUGUAUUUGUCAACCUUACACGGAGGAAGAGCUACAGAAAAUGAUGGGCGAGAAUAUUUGUGAAGAGAACCUUUGCACUUGUCCGACGCAAUACAAAAAAGAUGCUUACGCUGAUAAUGUGAGAUUAAAGGAAAUGGAAUUAGCAGCUAAGGAGGCUUGGAUCAGAUAUAUGGAGAUGAGAAGAGCAAAGUUGGCUAAAAUAUUGGCAGCCCUAGAACCAAUCAGGAGGAAAGAACUGGCUGAAGCACUGAAAGCACAAAUAAUGGCAAGAAGGAAAAAGGCUAUUAUUUGCAAGUGUCCCUUAGAGAUGACCGUCGACGAAAUACUGCGGUCGUAUAACUCUGAUUUUCGUGCAAAGUUCAGAGAUAGAAUUAGACUAGUUGAUUUUAUUUUGGUCAUGAAAGACUCGGGAGAGUUGCGUGUGGAGCAAAUGUGUGCCAAUUAUCUAACCGGAGCUCUGAAAACUGGACUUGAAAUAGAGCUGGAGCGUGGAGUGAUGCCUUGCAACAAUGCAUUGGUUUUCGCAAAAGUCCACGCCCCGGCCCAUGUCAUAGAGAAGUAUGGGCGAGCGUUCGGCAUCAGAAAGUUUUUCAAAAGUCAUCACAUUUACUGUGUGCCCUCCCCAGAACGAGAAUAUGUGGAAGUGUGCAGAGACGCAACACCAAAACCUACAAUGUACUCAACUCAUGAUCGAGCCAUGAUAGUGAACCAAAUACUUCUGCAUUUACCGUACGGGACAGACACCAACGAUUAUGGCUACGACAGAUUGGUAAGGAAGGGAGUGUUUCGCGAUGGGUACGCGUUGCACGACGGACCCUAUUUCUUUGUCAGCAACCAAGUAGCAGACAAGGCUCAGUUACGACAAGUUCUUUAUUACAAUUGGGCUGCACCUACAUUUGUAUGUUUCAAAUCGUGCCCCAUUUUAAUGAUUCAAGAAUAUAUGGGGGAAAGAGUGGCGUCCUUCUUUUUAUUUUAUUCAUUUUACAAUUUUGCUCUGUUUGUGUUGUGCGUGCUCGCGUUUGCUUGCUCGCUGUUUGGUUAUCUCGCCACCGUGGUCUAUUCUUCUGUUGGAACGUCUGUGUCCUACGCUUGCUCCGGCAAGAUUUCCGGGCAGGUGCUCUGCCCCGUGUGUGCCGACUUCAAGCGUUGUCCCCUCAAGACCUUCGUAAACCACUACUGCAUCAGCAAUAAGAUUGACAAUACUUUGGACAAUAGCGUUCUGAUUCUCGAAUUGUACUCUAUAUUAUUGCUUUUGUGGGCAAUAAUGGUGCCAUUUAUGUGGGGAUAUAAGGAAAGGAAAUUAAAGUGGUUGUGGGAGUGUUCCACGGCCACCUCGAGAGCUCAAGUCAACUAUCUACGCAUGAGAUUACCACAAGUUAUUAAACAGUUGGAAGACACUACAUUUUUCAUUAUAAAAACUGUUAUAACUUAUCUUGUUUUGAUUGUUCUUAUGGCAGGUUUCAUAGCGUGUGUCUUCCUGUACGUGAACACGUUCCGUUACAAACGAGACGACUUGUUUGACAAGUGGAGCAAGGCAGUUGUUAAAAAAGUGGAAUUAAUCCGAUUGUUUUCCUUAUUAAUUAAUGGACUGUUGUUUGGAUUCGUCAGUGUGUUGUUUGCGACGGCAGUAAAACAUUUAGUAUACCUUCUGACUCAUUUGGAAAGGCACACUCUGUUCAUGCACUAUGAGAGGAGCAUAGUUGUGAAAUAUUUCAUCAUUACACUCGUGACAAGCUUUUCGAUACUGAUUUAUUUGACAUUUUUGAGGGGAGUUGGUUACCAAUCGCCAUUAGUAAAAGCAGAGUUCAUGGGAUUAAAGUUCAUGUAUGAUAUUUGUGGACCAUUCAAUAUCUGCCUACACGAAAUAUUGAUAAUCUAUGUGUGCCUUGUCUUCGUGAAACAGUUUAUCUUUCCCUUGUUAUGGUGGUCUACCAGAAUCCUGACAUGCGACAAAUCAUGUUGCACUAAAUACCCCGUAUGGGAGAGGGAACUGUUGCUGGCUCCCCUCACUGAGAAGAUGAUCAUGGACAGAUACGACUACAUCGUUGAUCAGUUUGCAUACCUAGUCACUUUCGGAUUAGUGUUUCCCUUGAUGACCAUACCCUGUUUACUGUGCAAUUGCUACGAUUACUGUUACACGGCGAAGUUGUUCCUCAAGAGGCACCGACGGCCGCUGUUGCCCAGGUUUGCGGGCAUCGGCUCUAUCAGAGGGGCACUGUUUGCUUUCGCAUUCGCAUCAAUCUGGUUGCAUGCCGGGAUCUUCGCUGUGCAAACCAAGUUAGCAGAAAGACACGUCUACAGAGCUUACUCGCAUACGUACAAAAAUGAUACUUAUUUCGACUACCUAGGAAUUCAAUUGCCAACACCGGAUUACUUAGAGGCACCGAAUGUGGAUCCAACGAUUUCAUCAAAAUUUAACGAAGUACAGAAGGGUAAUAUCUCUGAGAUAAAAACAAAAUGGGUCCGGCCCUGGUAUCUUGUUCCAAGAUAUAGCGUUUCGUACAUUUCAUACGGUGAUUUUACUGAAAAACAUAAUCAAUGCUUUGCGCCGAUCCAAUACCGCAUGACGAUGUUCCUGCCGGCAUACCAGACAGACAUUAAGGACUUCCACAAUCAGUUUGGCAGUGAGCAUCCGCAGAAAUGGGUUUGCGGCAGCGAGUGUUACGCCGUCAAGAUGACUCGGAGCAAGAUAUUCAUUAUUUAUUUGGUCUUCAUACACUUCAUAGCCUGGCUGAUAAUGUGCCUAUUCGGAUCAUCGAGCAGGAUCCGCCAGGUCAGGGUGGCGGAGGCCAAGAUCCUCAGUGCCAUAGUGCGAGGAGACAGACGACGAAGUCGCAAAAGCGUGGCUCAAGACUAUAGCAGUUAUUGUCCGAAUUGUUGAGUUGUCGUGACUGUGUUUGGUGGUUGGCCCGUGUGUGUGUGUUAAUAAAUUUCGAGUGUUUUGAAUUGAA